GUACCUUUCAGUGUUAGCGCGUGUAAACUAGAUAUAAAAUGAGGAUCUAGUCUAGAUUUUAGCAGAAGUGAACUUCUCAUUGAACCAAAAACAUCUGGUUUUGAAAAGUGUCCACGGAUUAUUAUGAAGACUAUUAUCCUGACGGCCUUAUUGGCGGCCGUCGUCUCCGCCGGCCUCAAUAGCGAUAGCGGCGAGUACCAGACAGAAUGGCCCUGGCAAGUCGGCAGGCUCUACCGCUAUGACGUCUACUCCUACACCUUGGCCCGUCUGCCUGAAGGAGCUAGCAGCGGCAACGCCCUAAAGGCCACCUUUAUCGUCCGCGUCAUAGCCAAGGGAAAGCUCCAAGCGCGCCUCGAGCAUCCCCAACGUGCGCCAGUGCACCAGGAGCUCUUGGGUAAAGAUCAAAGAACCCUCCCUCAAGACUUGAAGUAUGAACCCGUCCAGAACUUGGAAGAUCCCUUCGAGAUCAACCUCGAUGGCGGAAGAGUCCUGUCACUCAACAUGCCCUCGUCUGUGCCACUGGCUUAUGAGAACUUACUAAAAGGUCUCAUCGGUGGUCUGCAAGUUGACUUGUCUACCCACCGCACAGUUCACAGCGACCAGAACAACUACGACAAAGAAAAGCUCCAAGGGCAGUUCAGAAAGAUGGAGACUGACGUCACUGGUGACGUUAGCACUCUGUACACUGUAACUCCUGCCCACUCGGAAUGGCGUCGCGAGCUGCCAAACUUCUCCCUCACUCAGGACCCAAUUCUGAUCACUAAGAGCAAGAACUAUGGCCACAGCCACCACAGAGUCGGUUAUCAUUUUGGAGUCCCUCAAGAAGCCCAAUGGACUGGCACCGCUGAUAAGGCCAAGGAGCAACAGUUCAUCAGCCGUGCAACCACGUCUCGCAUUCUGGCUGGAAGGCAAGGACCUAUCUACAAGUCCGAGACCACCAGCACUGUUGAAGUACACCCUCUGGUCUACGGCCAACAGAAGGCUGAAGUACUCAGUUACGUCAAGCUCGAACUGACGAGUUAUGAGGAGGACAAAGUGCAACCAUGGAAACUGCCUGAAGGAAGCCGCGUUAUCCCAAGCCUGCUAUACUCCAUGUCAAACAAGCAGACAGCCAUCCACGACUCGUCUGAGGAAUCUCGUGAGCAACAGGAGGCCGACGUUGCUGAACAGUCGUCAAACAGAGUUCGCCGGUCAUACAGGAUGCCCAAGAAAAUCGUAUCAAUCAACAAGAUCGUCAUUCAGAAACGUAAUGAAAAUGAAAAUGACGAUUCCAGCUCCAGCGACUCGACUUCAGCUUAUAUAAAUGACGAGAUCCCCAUGGACAACGAGCCUGCGUACGCUGCUCUGUACAUGAACCCACAGGCUCAUAAAGCUCAGAAGCAGAACCCAGCCAACGCCCAAAAACUCGUGCAAGAGACCGCUCAGCUGCUCCAGAACAUCAACAACCUGCCUAGAACCGACUUCCUCAGCAAGUUCAAUAUCCUUGUCCGAGUCAUCGCCGCUAUGGACUACGAACAGCUGACCCAGACUAGCCGCAGCAUUGAAGCCGCGAAGGCUUCUAACAACCUCGUCAAGACCGACAUGUGGAUGAUCUACCGCGACGCUGUGGCUCAAGCUGGCACCCUGCCAGCCUUCAAGCAGAUUAUCUCCUGGAUCCAGGCCAAGAAAAUCGAGCGCGAAGAAGCUGCGCAGGUCGUCUCAACCCUUGUCAACACUCUUCGUUACCCAACUAAGGAGAUCAUGAUUCAGUUCUUCGAACUGGCUAUCAACCCUGAAGUGAUGCAGCAGCAGUACUUGAACAGUAGUGCUUUGGUUGCUGCUACAAGGUUCAUCAACAUGGGUCAUGUGAAUAACGAGACAGCACACGCUUACUACCCAACCCACAUGUACGGUCGUCUGGCUCGCCAACACGAUAACUUCGUUCUAGAGAAGAUCCUGCCCCGUCUCAGCCAGGGCUUGGAGCAAGCUAUCCAACAAGAAGAUAGUCGCAAGGCCCAAGUGUACAUCAAGGCUAUCGGUCAGCUCGCCCACCGAUCGAUUUUGGACGUGUUCGCUCCCUAUUUGGAAGGCAAGAUCGGUGUGUCCACUUACCUAAGGGCUUUGAUGGUUGACAACUUGGACAAGCUCGCGCACCAGAAGGACAGCUACGCUCGUGCUGUGUUUUACAGCAUCCUAAGAAACACUGCUGAACCCAACGAAGUGAGACUGGCUGCGAUCCAUAACAUCUUCGUUGCUCACCCCACCACCGCGAUGAUGUUAGCUAUGGCUGAGAUGACCCAUGAAGAUCCUAGCAUGCAAGUCCGUGCUAUCCUCAAGUCUGCGAUCCUGAAUGCUGCUAAACAGAAGAACCCGCGUCACUUAGACCUGGCAAGAACUGCUCAAGCCGCCAGCCCGAUGCUUACUAAGGAGAUGUUUGGACAGCAAUACUCCUCGAAAAAGUACGACGACUAUUUCGACAACGACUAUGAGCUCGGUAUUAUGGAUGUGCUUUCAACCAGCGGCAGUGAAGACAGUCUGUUCCCAAGAUACUUAAGAUACGGCCUGAGGAGCCAAACUUCUGGAUGGAAAACGAUCACAGCUUCUUUCUCCAGCGUCCAGCAGUUCGUUGAGAGAUUCCAGCAGCAAAUGAACAAAAUGUUGCAACAGACGCCCGAAUCGCAAUCGAACCACAAAUAUUCCGCAGAGAAAAUCUCCGAAAUGCUGAAGAUUAAGCGUGACCCUCAGAACCCUCUUGAAGCCUCGCUCUUCUUGAACCUCAUGAACCAACCAAGGUUCUUCUCUUUCAGCGAAGAAGAUUUCAACGAACUGCCUAUUGCUAUGAGGGAUCUUUUCCAGAAACUCGCUAAGGGCGUCGACGUUCACUACACCAAGGUCUUUAACCAGGCUCAGAUCAAUGUGAUGUUCCCUCUUGCCAAUGGUAUGCCCUUCAUCUACAAAUACAAGGAGCCCACCGCUAUCCACGUCCAAGGAAACAUCAAGGGCGAGAUGAAGUACCAGAAUCGCAACUACGAAACAUCCAUCCAGAAGGAGAUCCAGUUCACUUACGCCAGAAACAUUGACGGAAGUGUCGGUUUCUUGGACACUUUAGCCAACCAGUACGCUAGCGCUGGUGUCGUCAACAAACUCCAACUGUACAUCCCGAUGAAGCUCGAUCUGAAGAUGAAACGUGGCGAAGUUAAGAUCCGCUUCGAGCACUUACGUAACGACCAGGACUCCACCAUUGUUCACUACAGCGUGUGGCCUUAUACUGCCAACCAGAAGAAGGACAGUUUAGUCCCAAUUUCUCUUGACCCUACAACUAAGAUGGUCACACGAAACAACAAGGUUGUCGCCAUUGAUUCCAGGUUUGGACAAACCACAAGCUCUCAGUACCAACUCCAAGGCUACUCCUACUCUUCAGACUACAGGAGUUUCAGUAGGAUGUUCCAAUCAAACGAUCUCCUCAAGAACAUCAUCUUGGCCGUUUACCAGAAGGAUGUGGCUCUCACGCACUUUAACUUCAAAUAUCUUGGAAAACAAUCACAGAACAAGGCUGUGACCUUUACUGCCGUAUAUGAUGCAUUCUACAACCUGAAGAAAACCGAAAUGCCGCUGGUUGCCAAAAAAAUAGAAGAUGUUUCUCCCAACAGCGAAGCACGCCGUGGCGAGAUCAUGAAGCAAGUUAUCUCUGGCAUGAAUAAUCCUGAAGCUAAAGUCAUCGACUUGAGUGCCGUCUUAGAAGGACCCGUGAAGGCCGAAUUUGUAUUCACAGCUGCCGUCGGUGGCAGCCCAGUAGACUCCAAGAUCCAAUAUGCCUUCUUCGCCAGCAAAAACUACGCUCAAGGCAGCAACCAGAUUACAGGAGUUGGCAAGGUCAACAAGCCCGAUGUCACUGCUCUGAAUCCUCUUGAGGCUCUGAAGAAGGAACUCAAGAUGAGCUUCGAGUCUGAAAUCAAGUUUGGCGAGAACUUAGGCGGAAACGUGAAAAUUAAUAUCCAGUCGGAACGCACCAAGAAGUAUACUGAGGCUCUGCAGAAACUGCCUCUGUACAAGAAAGUACAGGAACAAGUGGCCCGUAAUAACUACUACCAGCCUGAAGGGCACAAGAUGAUCGUCAUGGCUCAAGCUCCUGAUUACUUCAAGGCGUCUGUCACUUACAAAGACGUGAGCCCAGCUUUCAAAUACGCCAUCUUCCAAGCUUAUAGAAUUGCUGAGCAAUACGGCUCGUGGUUAGCUGAUGUCAACCCGUUAAAGACUACUCCUGAAGGCAAGCUGGACAUUGAAGUGCAGAAUAACUAUCUGGACAAUAUCAUGAGCUUGAACUUUAAUUCGAAAUAUGGUGAAGUGAGGAUCAAGAACGUUCCUAUCCCUCGUGUAGCUGCAGGAGCCUUCUCAGUCUACACUCCGAUUAAGCCUCACGAACGUGUCGCUAACUACUACACGCGUCAUCAGUAUCAACCCUACUGCACAGUCGACGGCACCCAGAUCAAGACGUUCAGCAACCGCGUUUACGACUACACCCUGUCUCCGGCCUGGCAUGUGGUGAUGUACGACCCUCGCUGGCAGCAGCAUCGCGAUGAGCUCGUCGUUUUGUCCAGGAGACCGAGCCAAGAAAAGCAGGAUAUCUACAUUUCUUACAAGUCCGAAACUGGCAAAGACCUGGAGAUUGAAAUCGAAUCAGCUGGCAACAAGCCUACCUUGAAGGUCAACACCAAUUCUAAGAAGGUUUCAGAGGGUGACCUCACAAUGUACUGGGACGAUGCUGAACAGACACCAUUCUUGAAGUACUACAUCCAGCCUGAUGGAGUCCUCAUGCUGAACAUUAGGGAAAAUCGUUUACGAGCCAUGUAUGAUGGCCAGAGGUUGGUUGUCCUCGAGAGAGAGGCCAGGAACCAUACUAGAGGCAUCUGUGGUCUGAUGAGUGGAGAGCCACGUGAUGACUACCUCACUCCUUCUGGACUCCUGUUAGACAAUGGUGAGCAAUACGCCGCGUCUUACGCUUUGAAAGACAACAGUGACCCUAAGACUGAACAGCUGCAAGAGUUGGCUCUUCAACUGGCUUAUCAGCGCCAGUAUCAGUACACGACUAUCCUUCGCUCGGAUAGACAAUGGAGGCAAUGGCAGAAGCAGGAAUCGUCAGAGGAAUCCUCUGAGGACUGGACCUCCCGCAAAGUUUUUAGAGCCAAGUCUUACAACAGAGUUCGAGGUCCGUGUGCGUUGAAAAAGCAAGUCCAAUAUUAUGAGAACAGCAACGAAAUUUGCAUCACGACAACGCCUCUGGAUGCGUGCUCGUCGCACUGCAAAGGAGAGAACUAUCAAGUGAAGGCAGCACAGGUCGUCUGCAGUUCGAAGCUGGACCAGCAAUACCAACAAUACGUACAACAAAUCCAACAGGGACAGAAUCCUAAAGUGUCCGGUGUUCCUCAGAUUAGGCAGUACAGAGUGCCAUCCUCGUGCAGAGCGUAAAUUAAAAAUAAAAACUAUUUUAAAAAUUGACAGAGAACCGCGAGAAAAAGGACUUUUGAAUAAUUUAAUAUUUCAAUAAUGUAUUUAUUUUUAUAAAUAUUUUUUUCUAGAAAUAUUCUGAUUAAAAAAAUGGAGAGAGAAUUUAAUGGUAUAAUAUUUAUACUAAAACGAAAUUAGUAGAAUAUUGUUUAUUAUAUCAAUUGUAGGUAUUUGUUUAUUGGUGUUUAUGUAUUUGAUUUUAUUAUAAUAUAAUAUUUAUGUGCAGCAAUACUUACUAUUUUUUUUUAAAUGUUGUGCAAUAUGUUACACUAUUUUUUUUUUUGUAUAAAAUAGUAAUAUUAAUUGUAUAGUAUUAUUAUAAUGAUAGAUCGUAAUUCGUAGAGUAGAAAUAAGCAAUUUAAAAAAAUAAUAAAAAAAUGCAACUUAAUGAAAUUAA